AUGGCGGCCAUUGCGAAGCACGCGUCUCCCGUAAUUCUUGCACGGCCGUCGUUUAGCCGAGCGCGCCUUAGCGAAUCUGGUAGCUCCCGUCAAGCCAGCGCCUUCAUCCCUUGCGGGGCAAGGACUCUAGCCGACACAACCGCCGUAAGAAUCGGUCGGAAAUCGUAUUCCGUUCGCCAGACCACGUCCCUCCGAAGGACAGCGGCCGGUUCGGCUCGAGCUUCGGCGGUAACCAGUGCUGACGUGGAGGAAUGGAGCAAGGCGGCGCGGCUGGUCCGGCAAGAGCAGCUGGAGGGCCAAGCACUGGACGCGCUUCAGAAAACCAUCGAUUCCUUCGAGCGGCCCACGUUCCCGUGCGCGCUUAUCGCGGGCGACGUGGUGAUUCUCCACCUGCUGCACCGGCUCGGCGCGCUGGGCGACAAUCCCAAGGUGAAGAUCGUGUUCAUCGACACGUUCCACCUCUUCCCGGAGACGUACCAGUUUCUCAAGGACUGCGAGGAGCGGUUGGGCUUUAAGGCGGAAGUAUUCCAGGCGGUGGGACUCAACUCCAAGGAGGAGUACGUCAAGAAGCACGGCUCCGACCUCUUCAUUCGGGACAUAGACGAGUACGAUCAGAUCUGCAAGGUGGAGCCCUUCAGCCGCGCGCUGACGUCGCUCAACGUGGAUGCCAUGAUCAACGGGCGCCGCAGAGACCACGGCGCUGAGCGGGCGCACCUGGAGCUGUUUGAGGACGGCACACCAGUGAAGGUGCAGCCACUCGCGUACUGGGAGUUCAGGGACUGCUUUGACUACCUGGAGCGACACGGCGUGCCAGCCCACCCUCUUCACGCCGAUGGCUUCCCCUCCAUUGGUGACAUCCAGACGACCCUGCCUGUUCCGCGCGCCAAGUGGUUUGAGUACGGUGGAGAGCGGUCGGGGCGGUUCCAGGGGCUGAAGAACAGAGACGGGUCGGACAAGACAGAGUGUGGGAUUCACGUGGAGGAUGCUGUUGCCUCGUCUCUCUCCUCCUCCCUCACUCCUCCUUCCUCCUCCCUCACACCACCUUCCUCCUCCCUCACACCACCUUCCUCCUCACUCACUCCGCCUUCCUCCUCCCUCACCCGUCCAUGA